AUGUAUCUAUACAUAGAUAUAGCGUGGAGAUAUAGAGCCGGCGGUAAGUUGCGCAUUCAUAGAACAGUGGUAAUUGUUCUCAUUUGCAUCCAUUCCAGCACCCGAAAGUCGUGCUCUAGAGCACAAGAUAGAGGAGGACUCGAUGGUGACAGACACGCGCACCGAAGCACGCGUGUGUCCAAGGCCACCCACAAUAAAGCGUGCUCAAUACAAUUUAAAUGGAGAAGAGAAGAAAGAGUCGAAAAGCGACGCCCGCAAAUUCUCUUUUGUACCGCCCGACCGCCACUUCCGCGCUAACGAUUAG